AUGCUCAAGCUAUUUGAAGCAUCACAUCUUGCCUUAGAUGGUGAAAAAAUAAUGGACAAGGCCAUAAUGUUUUCUACUAAAAAUCAUAAGACUAUAAUUUCAAACUCAGAUGUUUCGACAACCAAACAAUUGAGCACUGUGUUGGAGCUUCUGUUGCACUGGAGAUUGGAGUGGUAUAAUGUCACAAGACACAUACAUGAAUAUGGAAAAGUGGGUAACAUCAACUUCAGUUUGCUCAAGCUGGCUAAGCUUCAUUUCAACAUGGUGGUGGAGGAAUCUUGGGAUAGUAGGAAAUUUAAGCUUUUCACAGGACUGAAUAAUCAAAAGUUACUUAUUUGUUGUGCGAGUCAAUUUGAGCCUCAGUACAAACAUGUCAGAAUUUGGCUAGCCAAAGUCUACAAGUUCAUAAUAACAAUUGAUGAUGUUUACGAUGUUUACGGCUCACCACAAGAAUUAGAGCUCUUCACAAAGGCAGCUCUAUAUGAUACCACCAAUGAAAUAACUUUUGAAAUUCAAAAAGUUAAGGGUGGGAAAUCAGUGUUACCUCAUUUACGAAAAGUGUGGAAAGAUUUUUGUACAGCAUUAUUGGUUGAAGCAAAGUGGUACAACCAGGGCUAUACACCAUCACUCCAAGAGUAUCUCAAUAACGGGUGGAUAUCAUCCGGUGACUCUGCACUUUCUGUUCAUGUUCUUUUUGGGGUUGCACAUGAAAUAACAGAGGACGUUUUGGAUUUUUUGAAGAAUGGUGAAGAUCUUGUGUAUCACAUUUCAAUGAUAAUUCGACUUACCAAUGACCAGGGAACUUCAGUGGAGCACAUUAGAAGCAUAAUAACGAAGACAUGGAAAAACAUUAACGACCAAAGCAUCCCGAAAUCUCCAUCUCUUGUACCAUUUGCCAAAUAUAUAACAAACAUUGCACGAGUCUCGCAUUUCAUAUACCACAAUGGAGAUGGGUAUGGUGUUCAAGACUGUGAGACUCGAGACCAAAUCGUGUCUUUGUUGAUUGAACCGCUUGCACUCGACUGA